AUGAUUGCUGCCAGUAUCGUACUUGCCACUGGAAGCAACGAUGGCUUGCAGCAUAUCCUUCACCUUCAAGACGCUUCGCCUGAGAUUAUCACAGGUCAAUACGAUCCUGCUCGAAUCAGUAUCCACAAUACUGCUGGGCAUGCAUCAUGGAACUGGACGAACGUCGACUUCGUCAAUCAAGACAUACCAAAGAAGCUCAAUGACUGUCUACAAGAUGGUGGCUCCGUGACAGACGUCAAGUGGGCGAACCACGGUAGAAGCAUCGUGGCAGUCUUUGCUCAUGCAAUCGUUGUCAUCAACCAUUAUCCUGACGAACCAUCUAAAGACAAGAUCAUAACUUUCGGCAUGUGUUUGGAUAAAUUCGGUCUGGGAGGAACUCACGGCAUUGAGCCUCUGCCCGAUGGGAAGCUCUCUAUAGCAACAACCUCCUAUGACGCAACAGGAAACAUCAAGAUCGUCAACACGUCCUUGGGUGUAUCAAACCCAUAUCCAGGCUUUCUUCAAGAACUUGAUGGUCUCCCUGCCGUGCACAGUCUUGUAUGGGACCAAGUAACACAGAGUCUUUGGGCCGUCGGAAAUGACUUACCUCCUCACGGAAGAAGUCCCUCGACAGCGCAGUUGAAUCGCUAUGAGUAUAGAAAUGGUUCAUUCUCUCAAAAGCCCUCUCAAGUUGAGCCCAUUGGUCCUCCAAAAAUUCUCACCGAGGAAUGGGACGACUCAUGGUGGGAUGGAGGACAUGACAUUACGCCUGUGCCUGACCAACGAUGCCUCCUUAUCUCUACAGAUCUAGACCUCCAUCUCUUCAAUCUGAGCUCGGCUUCAUUUCUGCACGGAGAAGAAGUGCUAAAACAGUCAUUUAUGCAGGGAUUCAAACCUGUCAGAUCUCAUGAGAGGAAUCUGCCUCGGGCUGAUGUCAAGUCAUUGAGCUUGCACAAGAGCGCCGGCACUCUUUAUGUGCAAGCUGAUUGGAAAGGCUACUUUUCGACUCAAGUCAACCAUCUUACACCAGGAGUAAAGACUCCAAAAGCCAUCUCGUUCUUGCAGUCGGUCUAUCGUUCUCGUUGGUUUUCGCCCGUGGCUGGAUGGUCUGUUGAGUAG